AGCUUCGCUGUUCAUAUUUAAUCUCUUAAAUUGCUCUUUUGCUCCGGCUUAUUAUACUUGUUCUUAGAAAGUUUAAGGGCUUUACAGGUCCACCGAUACAAACCUAUCAAAUUUGCUUCCAGCACCAUUCAAGCCUAGCUGAAUUGCUUUAUAUCUAAUUUCUUUUAGUCAAUCAAUUCAUCUAUUAUCAUUUUAAUUAACUUAUUUUCACUGCUUAUAACAAAAUUAAAUCACGUAUCCUUUAAACCACUAAACAAAUUUAACUGUUCCUUUUUUGGGUGAACAUAGUACUUUUUUUGUGGCACUCUUUGUAGAAUUAAAUUUGGUUUUGCUUUUCAUAUCCAGUCAAGAAAUACAUCAAUAUUUUCCAAGUUGAAGAGUUCUAGUUCUAGUUGUAACAACUCCAUAUAUUGUGUUCGUACAAACACCAACCUUGUUAAGAGAAAAAAAAAAGUAUUCCCAACCGCUUCAUUCUAACUAAUCCAUGUUCUCUAUCCCCACCCCCCUCCUCUAAUACUCAUGUAUAUAUUCCCAGCCCUUCAUAAUUCAUUCAUAACGCAAAUAACAGUAACUUCCUCUUACAUACACCCCCCCUUCUUUACUCAUCUAAUAUAGUUCCAACCUUCUCAUAUUUCUUUUAUAACGUGAAAAAAGUUCUUAUAACUUCUUUUAAAGAACUUAUCUCAAAUUUCACAUACAUCCCCCAAGAAUAUAACAAUGGACUCAAAAUCUAUUAGCUGUGAAACAGCAAUCAACGUAUCUGAAACAGAGUCCACCAAGCAAAAAUCAUCUGCUGCUGCUGCAGCUGCAGCUGCCACAACUGUAGCUACCACAAAAGCCAUUCCUCAUAAUCAAAAGGGAGGAUGGAGAAGAGGGGUUGCUAUUUUCGACUUUAUUUUGCGACUUUGUGCACUUGUGGCUGCUCUGGCUGCAGCAACUACUAUGGCAACAUCUGAGGAAAGUCUUCCUCUUUUCACUCAGUUCUUUCAGUUCGAAGCUGGCUAUGAUGAUCUCCCCGCUUUGCCGUAUUUUGUGGUGGCAAAUGCUAUUGCAAGUGCAUACCUUGUCCUCUCUCUGCCUUUCUCCAUUGUUGGCAUUGUUCGACCACAUCUAGUUGGAGUCAAACUUCUGCUUUCAAUUCUUGACACCGUAAUGGUUGCAUUUACCACAGCCGCAGCAGCUGCGGCAACUGCCAUAGUGUACUUAGCACACUACGGCAACCCCACCACACAAUGGCGGGCGAUAUGCCAACAGUUUGGCGAUUUCUGCCAGCAAGUGAGCGGCGCAGUGGUGGCUUCCUUCAUUGCAGCAUUCAUCCUCAUCUUACUUGUUGUUUGCUCUGCCGUGGCUCUUCGAAGCCAUUAGGACAAACGAACAGUUGGAGUUGCUGGUGUUACCUUGUUAUGAACUGCA